AUGUGCACUUCAGCAGAGCGGACCUCGUCCAGUGAGGUCGAUGUGAUCCUCGAUGCAGUGCUCAAGAAUGAGGUUACUAGGUCGGUGCAGAAGACUGGUCGUAGAUGGUCACCAGUGAUGGAGAAAGCGAUUCUGGCACUCAUCUGUACGGUCUGCUUCUUCAUCCGUCUAUUUGCUGUUAUCCGUUACGAAUCCGUCAUUCACGAGUUCGAUCCUUACUUCAAUUACCGUACUACUGAGUACCUUAGCCGUGAAGGGUUUUAUGAGUUUUGGAAUUGGUUCGAUAACGGCAGCUGGUACCCGCUGGGCCGUGUGAUUGGUCAGACACUAUACCCGGGCCUGAUGACCACAUCUGCGGUGUUUCACGGGGUUCUCAACUUUUUCGGUAUAUGCGUGAACGUACGUAACGUGUGCGUGUUCAUGGCUCCUGUUUUCUCGGCAUUCACGGCUAUCGCUGCCUACCUGUUAACCAAGGAGGUCACUGGACGUCCAGAGGCAGGACUAUUCAGCGCCCUGUUCCUGGGUAUCUGUCCGUCGUAUCUGUCCCGUUCCGUGGCGGGAUCGUACGAUAACGAGGCGGUGGCUAUCUUUGCUCUGACUAACACAUUCUACGUGAGCUCUCCUUGUUGCGUAAGCUGGGAUGAUCAUGAGUUUGCUAUAUGCUACUUGCCGCAGUACUUUUAUAUGGUAGCCUCUUGGGGAGGGUAUGUGUUUAUCACCAACACUGUAUCCAUUUACAUCUUCGCACUCUUGGUCCUCGGCAAAUUCAACAAGAGGCAUUAUGUCGCGUACACCGUGUUUUAUAUAAUUGGCACGAUGUUUUGUCUGAACAUUCCCUUCGUGAACUUCCAAGCUGUCACUUCCAGCGAGCACAUGGCCUCCCACGGCAUGUUCCUCAUCAGCUCAGUGUACUGUCCCCCUUGCUACUGCCUUCCCCUAGGCCGUACUGCUACGGCUUUUGGCUUUUUGGGGCUCUUCAUUUACCUAACCUUGACUGGGAGUAAGUCAUUUGUUCUCUACUACUUGAAUUGUACGUGUAUACCCUCAGAGACUGCCUGGUCUGGUAGGAGUAUGACUCUGUUGGAUCCCACAUAUGCGUCGAAGUAUAUUCCUAUUAUAGCCUCAGUAUCGGAACAUCAACCAACGUCCUGGUCAAACUAUAUUAUGGAUCUUCAUUAUUUGCCAUUCUUGGCCCCCAUUGGCAUGUACUACUGCAUGAGACGUUUGUCUGAUGGUUCCCUCUUCCUGGGUGUAUACGGCAUCCUAGCAGUCUACUUCUCGGGUGUCAUGAUCCGUCUCCUACUGGUUCUAGCCCCAGCAGCAUCAUGCCUCGCUGGUGUUGGCGCCUCGGUCGUGGCCUCCUCAGUGAUGCCGUACCUACGUGCAUUCAAUGAUCAUGUCGAUGGUCCGAAGGCUAAGAAAGGAAGCAAGCUACCCUAUGUGAGGAAGGUCACCGACUGCCGUAAUGUUUUUAUCCCAUCUCAGAUGCCCCGGUUCUUAGCUCUGGCGAUUUUGGGGGUCCUCGGUUAUCAAUGUACCAACUACAUCAAGCACUGUGUGUUCACCUCCUCCAUGGCCUACAGCUCUCCAAGCAUUGUUAUGUCAUAUCAACUACGUGAUGGUAGUCGUUUGAUCCAGGAUGACUUCAGAGAGGCUUACUAUUGGUUACGCAUGAAUACCCCACAGGACAGCAAGAUCCUUAGUUGGUGGGAUUAUGGAUAUCAGAUUACCGUUAUGGGCAAUCGUACAGUAUUGGUUGACAACAAUACAUGGAACAACACGCAUAUCGCCACUGUUGGCCUGGUAUUGGCCUCGACUGAGGAGAACGCCGUGCCCAUCCUCAGACGUCUUGAUGUGGAUUAUGUCUUGGUGCUCUAUGGUGGAGUUUCCCAAUACUCGGGUGAUGACAUCAACAAGUUCCUUUGGCCGAUUCGCAUCGGUGCCGGGGUCUAUCCCAACCUAAUCCAAGAGUCAGACUUCAUCGGGCCUCAAGGGUACCGGGUAGAUCAAGCAGCAACUCCUAGAAUGAGGAACUCGGUUAUGUACAAGUUGUGUUAUCAUCGUGCUGCUGAGGUCUCGAGGGGUUAUGACUCUGUUAGACAACAACAGAUAGGCGUUCCCAAUGUCAAGCCGAAGUACUUUGACGAGGUCUUCACAUCAGAGAAUUGGAUCGUUCGUAUAUACAAGGUGAAGGAGCCUGCCAAUAGAGGCGCUAAGGCCAAGACAAAGCGCAGUGUUGACCGCAAACAUGAGUCGAGAUUUGCUGACGAUAUGGAUACUCUAUUGUGA